UGUUUCAUUAAUUCAAUAUAGAGCGACGUGUUGGUGAAGAAACCUUAUCAGAGCAGCAGCGGAGCGACACCGAGGAUUAAAACCCCGUCAGACAUAGAAACUCCUCCAGUUUAUUUCACACCGAGCGAGCUUUGACGAUGAAGACAUCCUGAAGAUGGGUUUGGACAAGUAAAAUUUUCGAAAGGAGGAGGGGAUUUAUUAUUAUUAUUAUUUUAAUAUUUACCAGCAGCUGGAGUGAAACAUCCGACUAAAGGACGUACAGACAAACCGGGAGGCAUGUCGUCUGAAAAACACGGACUCGACGACUCCGGCCGUCAGACCAUGCAGCCGCCCCCGUACCUCCCCGGCCCCCCGGAUCCCAACAUGGCCGCCGUGCCGGGCGCCCAGCCCGGUUAUCCCGCUCCGCCGCCGCCGCCUCCGGGCUCCGAGGGAUACCUCCAAGAAACGACGUUCCACUUCGGGGCUCCGGGCGCCGCGCAGGGCUACACGGUGCAGACCCAGGGCCCCGGAGGCGCCAUGCAGCACCCGCCUGUGGGCUACAUCCACCCGGGUUACCCGCUGCAGCUGCAGCCUUGCACCGCUUACGUUCCCGUGUAUCCCAUGGCGUCGGGUCAGCCCUACAUGCCAGCAGCAGGAAGCCACGCGGGGAUCCCCCCAGGCCAGAUCCACCCCAUGCAGAUGCCCCCCAGCAUCACCCUGAUGGACCGCCGGCCGCCCCACGACUACCUGCCCAUCGCCGUGCUAACCACCGUGUGCUGCUUCUGGCCUACAGGCAUCAUCGCCAUCAUCAAGGCAGUGAAGGUGCGCAUGGCGAUAGCCCGAGGGGACAUGGUGACUGCAGAAAUAGCGUCCCGUGAGGCCCGCAACUUCUCCUUCAUCAGCCUGGCCGUGGGCAUCGCCUCGCUGGUGCUCUGCACCAUCCUCACCGUGGUAGUCAUCAUAGCCUCGCAGCAUCAUGACGACGACUGGGACCCCUAACUGGUCCCGCUUUCCCAGCCAGACCAUCUAAAUAUUAUCUAUCUAACUACUGUCAAUCGCUUGGUGAGGAGGGGGGGAAGGAAAAUGCACUGCUUCUGCUUGUCGGCCCUUUCUGUACAGCUACCCACACAGUUUAAAGACCUAACCUGCUUCUUUCAAACACCCACCAAUGACCAAAAAUAGCAAGCGGUUGUUAAAUAGGUCCAGAAUGACCACUUAAUAUUUGCUUUCAUAUUAAAAGUAUGAGCCGCAGGAUGAAGACAAACCUUCUUGUGUUUGCGAUCCAUUUGUCUGCUGCUAAUUGAUGCAGUCAGGUAACAAACUGUAAGUCACUGUGUGUUUAAUAUUUCAACAACCGACUCACAACGGUCCUUUAUUACACUGCAGAACACUAAAUCCAAGUAUGUUUGGUCUCGUUUCUACUGUGAAUAUCUUAGUACGCUUUAAAUAAGAGAAAACUAACUUAAAAGUAACUUUUUAAUAAGAUGUAUGGGCGUGUUUUAAUCAUUCAAGCAUAUGUGUGUAGCACAUUUCAGCAACAAGGCAGCUGAAAGUGCUUUACAUUAUACAAAGACAAAAAUAUGAAGUCAUAGAGCAACAAUCUCAACAUUACAUUUUGCCAAGUCAUUACAAAUCAAAAUGUUGGUUAGUGUUUCUUUAAUUUUGGUUAAAAAGCAACUCCACUCAGGUGAGUUUUCAGUAUAUAAAAUUCUAAACAAUUUCUUAAUUUUGAUGAAAAGUGACUAGUUGCAUUAUUAUAUUAUUAACCUUUUAGGAAGACAUUUUUGUCACAACCUGCCAAUGAGAUCAACACUAAGGAAUUAUUGACUUAAAACAAGCUCCUAUGUCUUGAUGAAUAUUUUCUGUAAUUUGCAGAAGAAACUUCCCCAAAAAUACCUGGUAGGAUUUUGUGUUUUUGCAGUGUAAGUCAGACAAAUGCACUGCAUAAUGCAUCAUUUUUGGAGCAUGAAAUAGUUUUUCUUUGUUUUUAUAAAGGUUUUCUGCUCCACAAGGCACUAAUUUGUGAAGAUGGAUUUAUACGACUAUCGUUAUGCAUGGGACCCAUUCCAGUAAUUAAAUAAUGGGUCUCAGAUGCUGUGUCCUUUGGUUAUGUAAUAUUUCCUCUAAAUGGGUGAGAGACAGUUCAACUCUGGGUAAUAAUCGGGACCCAUACGGGUCUCAGAUGAGCUGGAUAAUUUAAAAUGAUACUCAUUUGUGUUCCAACUAAGAUUUAUAACUGGUUGCAUUGACCCAGUGUGAGCGCCAGCCUGAUCAAGACACAUGAGGCCCAACAUGCAGUAUCACCAGAAAGUAUUCACACCUCAUCACUUUUUCUAUUUUUUAUUUAUUUAUUUAUAAAUUUUGGUAUCGUUGUUUUUUUUCUUUCUUUCUUUUUAUAGCACAUUUCAGCAACAAGGGCAGCUUAAAGUGCUUUACAUCAUACAAACACAAAAAUACGAAGUCACAGAGCAACACCAGAUAGCCUACAAUGACAAGAUGAAUACAAGUUUUCAGUCAUUUUUGUAAAUUGAAACAAUAAAUGUUAAAAAAUUAAAGUAGUAAGUAGAUAUAUAUUCAGAUCUGUAGCUUAAUUUUAGUUUUAAUCACCUUUGGCAGCUAAUAAUAGCCCUUUUAAAAGACCAAAUGUAAGAAAUGAUCACAAGAUGAAAUCAGUGCGCUUUCACUUACUCUUGUAUUAAGUGUAGAGAAGAGAAGAGCCUAGUGGACUUUUUUGAUUGUGGCGCAAAGGCCAUAAUCAAAAUAUAGUUGGGUUCAGACCAAGGACCCAACUACAUACCUUGCAUACCCCAAACCAAACUAAAUAAAAGCAGAUAAUCAAAACAAUUAGAUCUAAUAUUAACAAGAUCAACUGAGUACUAUACCCUGCAACACUAACAAACCUUCAACUCCUAGUGACUCCUCUACAAGCUUUGUUUUUUUGUGUAUUUUCUUCUUUCUUCUCUGUAAAUUCUCUUGAGGCAAGUGAAGGUGGAUAGGCACGAUGACUCGACGUCUUGGAUUUAAAUCUGGUUGGACAUUUUAGCAGUUUAAGAACUAUUGGUGGGCACACUUCUGCUAACAGACUAAUAGCAUAGAUAAUUUUUAUAUUUCCGGAUAUAUUUUAAAGCACAUUGGUUGUCUGUUUUGUGAAGGUUCAGUUGGAUAAAAUUCAACAUCAGUGUUGAAGUUUGGUUACAGACUGGUCAAGUAUUAGUAUUGAUGCUCUUAUUUUGAAGUGAGUGAACAUUGUUCAUGCAUUAAUUUGUUAAAUAUUCUCAAAGUGACUCAUUUAUGUGGAAAAAAAUACAAGACUUUUGUAAUUUUAAAUAUUUAUUUUGAUACCACUAGGUGGCGACAGUGGGCACUUUAACUUCAUUUUCCGACCGAGUGGAAGAAAACUGUUUAGACAGAAUAUAAAUCUAGGUUAAUAGGCUUAUAAGGCUUUAAUAAAAGCAUUAUUACCACAAGCUUAUAUUUAAUCAGCAGCCAGAAGUUAGGUCGUCAUAUACUUUGUCAUUAACAGCUGUUAGACAUCCUGACUUAGCGGCUAACCAGUCAGAUCAUCGUCAAUAAACAAGGAGGCGAGUUUUAUACGGGGCGUCUUUUGUAGUUGACUGCAGCUGCGGCUAGAAAAUACACUUAGAAACCAGAUUUAUCCAUCUACUCAUCAUUUAAAACUAUUUAUUGCAUCAUUUUUUGGUUGUAUUUUGUCGUGUAUUAGCUGAACUGAUAGCUACUGUAAAUGCCGCGGACGUCUUAAUGCGCAUGUGCACGCAUGCGUACUCACUACAUGUGUGCUACUAUGACAAAACACCGUUUCCUCUCCUGACUGUCUCUUUUUUCCCCCGUUUUAAUUGAUUUAAAACAAGAAGCUACAUAAAUAAACCAAAACGGACAGAGGAGAACGAGAUAUAAACACAAAAGUGUUGUAGAAUAUGUCAAACAUAGUGUUAAUAUUAAAUUGGUGCUAAAGGGCCGAUAUAAUUUGAAUAGAAGUUAGUAAUUUAACAUUAGCUUCAACUGUGUUGGUAGGAUGGUGUGAUUAUCAGUUGCUGUUUUUGUCCAGACAUGACUAUAAAAAAUGUAAUUUCAGUGUCAUCUGACCAGAGAAUGUUGUUUCUCAUCACAAAAUGCACAUUUGAUAAACUCUCCAAUAUGUCUAAAAUUUUGUUUCCCCCUUAUUUUGGUUCUUAAUGUUAGUUUUUAUAAAGUAAACCAUAUUUAGUUUGGUUUUUGGCUAAAUAUGUGACAAAAUGUGGAGAAAAAAAUAAGUUGUGAAUACUUUCUGAUGUGAGCUGUCAGCAAACUUUGCUUUAAUUUCCAUAUUAAAUGCCAGAUGAGAUAGCACUACUAUAAAUUAUGUUUUCUACUUUAUUUGUUAUUUAUUUUCUAAUUUAUUUAACACUGACCCUUGCAUCAAUCUUGUCUGCUGUAAUUUGUAGUGAGUUGUUGCAGCUACCUGAUACUCUGAAUUGGCUUACCGUUAGUACCUCGUGAUGGUAAUGAUGAUGAUAUUGCACUUUGUAGUAACCAGAUAAAAUGACACAGCUGUUUACAUUUAUAGAUCUUAUAGUGCAUGAUGAAUAUAAAUCUAGGCUAAUGGGCUUUUAGUGCAAAAGUAGCUGUGCUCCCAGCUGCUGAUGGGAACAUUUCCUAAAAUAUUCAAUGGGUUUGUGAUGCAGUAUUUUCCAAAGUGGUAAACAAGCUACUCCAAAAAAAAAAAAAAAAACAAGAAACGGAGACAUAGAUAGGAAGAAUAUACAGAUUAGAUCUGCAGAUAUUCUUUUUGCAAGUAAUUUAGAUGAGUUUUAGCCUUUUUUUCUGUGGCAGAGCUAAUAUUUACCCUCUAAAACUCUGUUCUUAGUACAGCAGUAGACAUAUGAGGUAACAACCCUGCAUGUCAUCCUCAGUUUGUUUCCAUUUGUCCUAAGUAUUAAGGAUAGAUGUGUGCGUUUCUACAAUGUAGCUCUGAACAGCAGCUGGGCUGUUGUCUCUGAGAGGUAUCGUGGCUGUGAAGUCGCUCUAUGAACUUUUAUCUUAGGGAUAUGAAAUGAAUGUUUCAAGUAAAAGAGAGGACAUAUUAAUGCCUACAUUGUGUUGUAGCACUUUCUGCUCUAUGAAAACUUUAUCCCUCCCUGUGUUUUCCUAUUUAAUGAUAAAUGGACCUAUUACAUAUCUCUUCUGCUCCGCAUUAUUUCUCUGCUUCUCCCUUCGAUGAUGAUACUUUAAAAAAUAAUAUAGUUAUUUAAAUUUACAGACAGUAUUUAAAAAAAGAUAUAUGCUGUAGUUUGUAAUAAGAGUAUUAUUAAUGGCGAUGUGUUAUUUUCUGUAUAUCUGGGAACAUCUGGGCCUUCAUUUAUUAAUCAGAAACAAGAAUUUAGCCUGAAGCUGUACUGUAAUUUUUAAAAAUGAAAUAUUAUUCUUUUGUAAAAUCACUUGUGCGUUUAUGUUUAAAUUAUUUUCUUUUACAAGUGUCAUAAAUUGUCUUUGCUAGCUACUUAUUUGGAUGAUAUUUUUAGUCAUUUCUAGUCAUCAUAAAUAAAAUUAUUAGGUUUAUAGGAGACAAUUACUUUUUCACAUUAGUUUGAACAUUUUUUCCCUUCUAAAUGAAAUCAUAAUUCUUUUUAUUAUGUCUAUUCACUCCGAUAUUAUAAGUUAUUUGAUUAAUAUUAAUUAUUUAAAUGCAAUAAAAGGCUAAAAUAAAAUGGGGAAAUACUUUUCGAAGCACUAUAUCAGUAUAUUCACCCUAUGGGUCGGACAGUAGGUGUUUGAAUUAACUUGCACUGUAUUGUUAGCAUGACAGACUGUUGUACAGAGCAUGCUAAUAGUUUUAGCAUGCUAAUGUGCACGGGGAAGGAAAUGUAGAAAUAAACUGAAAGUUACCAUCUACUUUUUUUCCUCAAUUUAUUUACUUUAAAAAAAGAUAUUUUACAGUGACAAAUUGCUACAGGUUUGUCAUUAAAUUAAAUUAGACAACACCUAAAUUGUCCCUGACUUUGCUUAGACGUUACUCUGACUGAAUGGGUCAUUUGUGUGAAUUUUCUCUUUGUAAAUUAUUUUUGGUUGCACAAAAAACCAUAAGGUCGCUGUCAAAUUGAGCCUGUAUAUGUUAGCCUAGCUAAGGUUAGCUCAGGCUAGCCUUACUGUCUCAAACGGUUUUUAACUUCUCUCACCGAUUUGUUUUGUUUUAAUCUUUGUACAUAUUUGAAAUAUAUUAUGUUUUGGUCAGCACAUUAGAGCUAGCAGUUUUAUUUUAUCCAUUUUGAUAGAUGACUAGCUGGUGCUGAAGCUAACAGCUGAAGCUACAUUAGCUUAGCAACGCAUCACUGCAAGAAAGCCAAAUAAAAUAUACCUCUGAAAGUCUCAGAUUUAUAUUGUAUUGAUUAAAGUUAUAGUGAACAGUUGUACAUUUUUAUCUUUAUGCAUUUUAUCCAUUUUCCAUGUUUUCCUGUUUGAUAAAUUCAGGCCCUGCUAUUAUAUACAGACAAUGAUAUUCAGUGUUCCAGCGUAAUUGAGGCACAGUGCUGUUUAGUAUUAUUAUUAUUAUUGUAAAGAAGGCUUUGGCGGUGAGUGUGUGUCUGCUGAAUAUAGAGACUUCUGUUAUGUGGCAUUAGGCUGCAUCUCCCUUUGUGCUUUUCAGUAACUGCAGCUCAGAGAUGACUCCCUGUUUAUUUCAUUAUCUUGAGUUUUUAAGGGGUUGCUUGUUCAAUGAGCCAAAAACUACCUGUGUAAACGUGGGGGUUUAUUAUUCUCAUGUUUCGGUCUGUGUUGCACAUGCGAUGGUUGUUUCUGAGUUCAGUUGUUUGAGUAAUGAAUAAAAGAAUAAUUCUGGUUUGUGAACAAAA